GAAUAAACUAAACAAAUGAAGAAAUUCGUCUUCAGAGUUCAGUGAUCAGAGGCCCAACUGUAUUCGACAACUAUUACUUACUUAGUUGUGUUCACUAUUUGCUGGGUUCCGACAAGAAGAGUUUUCCUGUAGUGAUGUCGGCUAGCAAAACCAUUCAGUUGGAUUGCCCAGCGUUUGGCUUACAGUGCCAUCCAUCCGAGCCACUGUUCGUCUCAGGCUUGAUAGAUGGAAAUGUGAAUUUAUAUCGGUGUGGGGAGGACGAGGAUGAUGUUGCGCUUGCUCAUACUUGGAACCUGCACAAGAAAGCAAGCAGAGCAGUUUCAUUCAUCCAGGAAGGCAAAGGUAUUGUUUCAGCAUCCGCAGCAUGCGCAUUUCGCGUAGUCGAUGUGGAGAGCCAGCAGCUUCUGCACACAGUCAAGAAGACGCAUGGAUCACCAGUGUACAGUCUCUAUUCAGUCAGCAACUGGAUCAUGGCCAGUGGCGAUGACGAUGGCACGGUCAAGCUAUGGGAUAUGCGCCAGCGUCCUGCACCUGUCAUGGAAGUGUCCGCGUCGGCUGACAGAAUUUCUGACCUGGUGUCAGAUGGCAAAAGUAAUGUUCUCCUUGCAACCAGUGGUGACGGCACGCUGUCUGUGUUCAAUUUCCGGAAGAGAAAGCUAGUCAAGCAGUCCGAUGCCAAUGAUUGUGACCUAAACUCGGCGUCCAUUUUCAAGAACGGCAAGAAGGUUGCUUGUGGUACUGGUGACGGCACACUGCACAUCUACUCUUGGUCGGAGUGGGGAGACAUCAGCGACCGCUGUCGUCUCUACUCUGGUUGUGAAUCCGUGGAUGCAUCUGUGACAGUCGGCGAUCAACAGCUAUGCAUAGCUUGUGAUGACGGCUCCAUCCGGUUAGUUCAGCUGUACCCGAAUAAGGUCCAGGGCAUUGUCGGCCGGCAUGUUGCUGGCGAGCCCAUUGAACGUCUUGACCUUACGUAUGAUGGCCGCUACGUAGUCAGUACAUCACUAGACGAGACCAUUCGCCUCUGGGACAUCCAGGAGUACAUGGCAUCAGUCGGGCAGAGCAGUGACUCAGAUGAUUCGGAUGAUUCAGAUGAUUCGGAUGAUGACGACGACGAUGAUAGCGAUGAUAGCGAUGAUGAUUCUAGCUCUGUCGGAAAUGGAGCAUCCCGCAGCGGACCUGCAGCUGCUAAGAAGUCGAGGUCGUCCAACCCUGGCAGCCGUGGCCAUGCUGCGGGUAAAUCUAGUAGUGUUGAUAGCGAUGACAGUGGUACUAGCGAUGAUGCUGACGCAGAUAGUGAUGGGCCACGCAAUGCUAAAGCUACUGCAGUCGCCCCUGGAAAGCGGAAAGCCGCGGCGAAGAAGCAACCAGCGCAGCAACCGGCAAAGCGCAAGAAGAAGCCUGCAGGCAAGGAUGGGUUCUUUUCCGAUCUAUGAGCAAUAUGUGGCGCCCCC